AUGUCCGAGCUGCCUCAGGAAUGCAACUCGACGCUAAAUGCUUUGGAGCAUGAAGCGGCCCAGUACGAGAGAGUCAUUGUCGCAACCCGUAACCUUGGGUUCCCGCGCGAAGAAGUCUCGAAGGCACUCCUCCUGAUUGAGAUAGAGGAUCUCGCUCGAAAGGAACUGGGGAAUAUAAGGGCUGUUAUCGACAAUAAUGUCAAGAACUAGAAUCUCGACCACUAUCAUCGUGAAAUACUACUCAAACCCAGUUGGACAGCGGUCCCUGAUACCCCAGACGCUUUCUUUAGUCGUUACGCAGGCACGAAACCCAGACUGAUUCUUCGGGUAGCAGGGAAAGUUAUUUUACAUAAGGUCAAACAGCUGCUGUCAUCAGCUCCGGGGCUAGUUUUGAAAUUGAUCUCUUUGUUUAACCUUCUUACACCGCAUAAGCAAAUUGAGGGAUACAUCAGGCGCUAGGACAAGAAUAUAAAUUCCGAGGUUACAGAGCGAGCGCGGAAGGCGCUGGUGCAGGCAAGAAAGAGGCGGCGAGGUUUGCAAUCCUUCGCUAUUAGAUAAAUGCAUCGUUAACGUUGAGCAGAGAGCGAGUCCAACCCGACGACCGCACCCAAACGACAAUUACUGAGCGCGGCUCCUCUACUCCAUAACCCGUCAAAUACAAGAGAUAUCUCAUCGCAGGAACACAUCUAUCAACCGCAAGCGUUGCCCACACUAGCCUCCCUUCAUCUGGAGCUGCCGAACUUCCCACUACAGAUUAUGCGACAGAUCAGUCCACAGACAGAUAACCACACACACGAUGGUACUUUUCCUUCCCAGAACUGGCAGAACUUAGAAGGUGAGUGGGUGCACCCUUGUCUGCUUUCUCUGCUGAUGAUGUGAUAGAUCCUACCUGGCAGAUAACGGAGGAGCAUCAACGGAUGGGACUACAAAUACAGCAAGAACAGCAGCAGAAGCAGGAUCAGGAGCUUCUUGAAGAAAUCGUCGACCACCAAUAGGGCUUUGACAGCUUGGAAUAUUACCAAUUUUAAUAUCCUGAUAUUAUCACCAAGACGGUUCCUGGGGCCAACGUGAGAGUGUCUUCGUCGUAUACAGAAUGCCCCAACCCAUUCCCAACAUAUUCCAUUAUACUACUACCGACUGUAAAACCACCACCGAUAAUAAAGACAAGAUGCUUCUCCUCGCUCGAUAAUGCGACUGUGGCUCGAUCUCCUUUGGGUGAAAACUUAUAUGUUGCAGUCCCGCCAACCUCAAGCUAGAAAUGAUGAUUAGCAAUAUUCC